AUGUUUAAAUCGAUCUAAAAAUGGAGAAUGAGAAAUUAGCUCAAGCUUUACUUUUUGCUUUUGUCAUUAUUCUCUACAUUAUUGAUUGGAAUUAUUUUAGUCUUCACUCAAAAUAUUGUAUACCAAGAAGUCGUACUGACUACAUAAUAAAUAUCAGCUAAGUUGACUGACAAUGAAAUAUCAUAUUAAUUUGAAACACAAAUGGAGUUGUUUUUUGAAGUAAUUAAUAAGAGUAAAAUUUUAUUAUAUUGUAGAUUAUCGAGCUCUUGAUAAAAUUGCUGGUCUAUUUAUAUUUGUCAAAUUUCAAUAAAACUUAAUAGCAUCAUAACAUGAUUAAUGUCCAGUGAACUAAACUUAAAAUUAUAGAAAAUCCAAUAUAUGUUAUAAUAUUUUAGAUUUAAAAAAUGGAUAAGAUUUAAAUGAUACACAAUCAUCAGAGCUAUUCUACUACUUGAAACAUUAAAGUUUAUUAUAAUAACUAUUAUUGCUUUUUGAUCCUGAGUAAUUUAUUAUAGGAAAUUGGUCGAUAGGAUAUAGUAAACAAUUCUAUUUUUCAGCGUAUUAAGCAAUUGGCUAUUAUUCUACAUUUAAUAUUGCAAAUAGGCCAUUUUAUAAAAAUCAUAUAAAAAAUGCAAAUUUAUCAGAAUAUGUAUUUAGUGAUGUAUUUUUCAAUUUUGAAAAUGAAUAUAAAGUAACAAUAUCAAAAAAUCUAACAAAUGAUGCAUCUGAAGGAAUUGUGGCGACAUAAUUUGAAUUUAAAAUAAUUAAAAAGUUUUUUUAAGAAAAUUUUUUGAUUCUUAAUAAAGAUGGAUUGAUAUUGAUUGGAAAUGUAUAAAUGUAUUUUUAACCUAACAGAACUAAUGUAUAUUUUUUUAAUGAAACUUUGACUGGUUUUGAUUAAAACGAUUGGCAUUCUGUUAAGAGUUUCAUGGAUAAUAAUAUUUCUUAAUCAAAUUGUUCCACUUCUAAUUCUUAAUAUUUAUGUAGAUACAAUAAAAUAGCAUCAAUUGAUGUAAUGAUAUUUGCAAAAUUCCUAAAGUUUUCAAAUUUAAUUUUGAUUAUGUAAAAAUAUAGAAAAUAUUAAGAUUAAAAAACAUAGAGUAAGAUAAGGAUUUAUAAAAUCGAUUAAUUUGGAUAGAAAACUAAAAGAAUCUUUAGAUAACAUAACUAUUAACAUUUCAAUUGAUAACUGCAUUUGGUUCAAGUUUAUUAGCUAUUUUAAUUAUGAGAUAUAUUUGCAGAUACAUGACAUAUUUAGAAAGAUUGGCGAAUUAUCAUUUUAAAAAUAAAUUAGUGGAUUUUUAAGUAUGUUAAUUCUUAAGAGAAAUAAAAUAAAAUUAAUCCACACACUAAACAAAUAUCAUAUUAAAUCUAUCUGAUUCAUAUUACAAAUUAGUUUCAUAAUUAACAGUAAGACCAUUCAUAAAGAAUGAAGAAUGUAAGUUUUUUGAAUCUUUAUAAUUUCCAUAUUCUAAAAAAAAGAAUAGUAAUCUUCAAAAGUGGAAAACAGCAAUAACAGAAUUAGAUGACAAGAAUGGGAUAGUAAAAUAAAAUCAUAUAGCAUUAAUAUUGAAUAUUUUAAGAUAAUCUUAGAAAAGACACAAACGUUGA